AUGUCUUCGUCUGACGGUACCGGUGUUCACAAGGACUUGGAUCAUGCUCGGGACAUCCGUGUGGAAGGGCAGAUCACCAUGCAUGCCACCAUGGACGAGCAGGAGGACUCAAAAGAGGACCUGGCAUGGAGCCGCAUUCGCUACGCGUUGCGGGAGCCGUUUGCCGAGUUCUUUGGCACCUUUAUCAUCCUGAUGUUCGGCGACGGCUCUGUGGCACAGGUCGUUCUCAGUGACGGCGCGAAGGGCUCAUAUCAGAGCAUUACUUGGGGAUGGGGCCUCGGCGUCAUGCUAGGUGUCUACACAGGCGGCAUUUCCGGGGCGCAUCUCAACCCGGCGGUGACGUUUGCCAACUGCGUGUUCCGCAAGUUCCCCUGGCGCAAGUUUCCCGUGUAUGCGCUGGCACAGCUGCUGGGCGCAAUGACGGCAUCGGCCAUCGUAUACGGCAACUACCGGUCGGCCAUUGAUGUGUUCGAGGGCGGCAAGGGCAUCCGGACGGUCGGGCUGAGCACGUCGACGGCCGGCAUCUUCUGCACGUAUCCGGCCGACUUCAUGACUAAGACGGGCAUGUUCUUCUCCGAGGUCAUUGCCAGCAGCCUGCUCAUGUUCCUCAUCUUUGCCAUUGGCGACAACAACAACAUCGGUGCCGGCAACCUCGCGCCGUUGUGUCUCUUCUUCAUCAUCUUCGGUAUCGGUGCCUGCUUCGGCUGGGAGACUGGCUAUGCCAUCAACCUGGCCCGUGAUUUUGGCCCCCGUCUGGUCUCGUACAUGAUAGGUUACGGCCACGAGGUCUGGUCUGCCGGCGGCUACUACUUUUGGAUUCCUAUGGUUGCUCCCUUCAUCGGCACAACUCUGGGCGGCUUCCUCUACGAUGUGUUCCUGUACACGGGCGAUAGCCCAAUCAACACGCCGUGGAUGGGCCUGAAGCGUUUUCUCAAGCCGACUCGGGCCGUAUGGUCCAACACGGCCGUCGAUAAGGUCUGA